CGCGCGCAAGGGGAGAGAAAGCGCGGCUGCAGAUGCAGAUGCAGAUCAGACUCUUUGUUAUUUUACGCACUGAUCUCCAGUCUCCACAGACCUCAAAUCACACUAGAGCUGAGAUGGCGCCGACCCCCGCCUUUUGACAGAAGUGCCUCGCCUCGCACCGCUCGCUGUGUGAUCGUGAAGUGUGUGUUGCAUGUUUACUCGGAUGCGCUGGUGAAAGAUCGACUGCGCUGUAUGGUGCGUCUGCCAUCUGGACACACACCGCUAGCUCGCUAGCAUCAGGCUAGCUGAAAAUUAUCAAAACAUAAGUGACUGAGGAGGAAUAAAAUCCCGUUUCCAUGGACAACACGUCCAUCAUUACCCAGGUAGCAAAUCCAAAGGAGGAAGAGAUCAUUUCUUCGUCUCAAGAAAAAGUCUCCCAGUCCAACAGCAGUUUAAAGAAACACAGGAACAGAAGUAUCUUUAGUCCCUUCUUCUGCUGUUUCCGGGACUAUAAUGUGGAACCACCAGCCACCAACAACAAGACCUGCUCCCUCCCUCCACCUGCCGAGGAGAACAGCAGCCCUCCAAAGCCUCCAGCCGAAUACCUCUUGCCUGAGGUCAGCAUUAAUGAUUACAGCAAGAACUGUGUGGUCAUUGACCUGGACGAGACCCUCGUGCACAGCUCCUUCAAGCCCAUCAGCAACGCAGACUUUAUAGUCCCUGUGGAGAUUGAUGGAACAGUUCAUCAGGUGUAUGUGCUGAAGAGGCCUCACGUGGAUGAGUUUCUGCAGAAACUUGGAGAACUGUUUGAAUGUGUUCUUUUUACAGCCAGCUUGGCUAAGUAUGCUGACCCUGUAGCAGACCUGUUGGACCGGUGGGGCGUGUUCAGGGCACGGCUCUUCAGGGAAUCCUGUGUGUUCCACCGGGGGAACUACGUCAAAGACCUCAGCCUUCUGGGCAGAGAGCUCAACAAAGUCAUCAUAGUGGACAACUCACCUGCCUCUUACAUCUUCCAUCCAGAAAAUGCAGUGCCGGUGCAGUCGUGGUUUGAUGACAUGACAGACACUGAGCUGCUGGAUUUACUGCCACUGUUUGAAGGCCUGAGCAAAGAGACAGAUGUUUACAGUGUGUUACAGAGCCUGAGGGCCAGGUAGCAUACGGUCCAGCACUGGCUUGCAAACACGAACACCCUCUCCAAACAUCUCAGGCUGAGCCAUUGUUCGGCUCUGGCCUCUAGAAGAGACCACUCACCCAACGAACACUUCUCCUUCUCCCUCAUAUGACCAACUGCCAAAAUAAUUCCUCGGCAAGCAAAUACAUACACUGUUUUUUUUUUGUUUGUUUUUUUAAUGCAGAAUGAAGAAAACCAAGCAUUGUUUUAUAAGAGAAACACAAGCGUUUACUAUCCUUGAGUAUGUUUACCAGGAAAAAGAACAAGACGUGAUAUUUUUCUGGACAGUCGUGAAAACACUUUUUUUGGUCUUUUUUUUUUUUUUUUUUUUCAGGCUAUGCAGGCAGUCUUUUCUGUGGCGUAAUUGGUAGUUCCAUCAACUGUGAUUUUUUUUUUUUUUCUCGUACCGAACAAAGUGCCUUCUGACUGUUUUUAUGGGGACACACACAAAUGAGUUUUUGUAUGCUGCAUAUUUACAAUUCAAAACCUUUAAACAUACACUAACUGAAAGAGCGGACGGUGAGUCUUUUAAAAUUCCUCAAGACUUUUUUGGUGACCGUCAAGAAUCUUCAUUGGACUGAAUGAUAAUAUUGGACAAAGGAUGAUGCCAUUAUUUUCUUGGGUUCUUGUAUGCCUUUGGAGAAUAUAGCAUAUAAGCAUUGUGUUAAAAAAAAUAAAAAACAUUUGCCUCUAUUACCCAACUGUGAUUUGAACUAAUACAAUAUAUUGUUACAAAAAAAACAACUACAUUUAAUCAGCAAUGCAAUCCGUCAGGAUCUGAAAUUAAUAAUCAUCAUUAUUGGAAUAAAAGAUGCAAUCAUAAUAAAGAUUGGCUCACAUGUU